AUGAGGUCAAUGGUCGUGAUCUUCAGUCAUGUGGAAACGAGGAAGAAGGAGCGACAGAAAACUAAAGUAUCAAACCGCGAUGGCGCUGCAGACGUCAGUUGGUUCCAUCUGCGUCCGCCAGACGGCGUGCGUGUCUCCGAACAUGGCCGUCGCGAAAAACCUCACAUCUGCAACGUGUGCAACAAGGGGUUCAGCACAUCGAGCUCACUCAACACGCAUCGACGGAUACAUACAGGCGAGAAGCCCCACAAGUGUCCAGAGUGCGGCAAGUGUUUCACCGCCAGCUCUAACCUGUACUACCAUCGUAUGACCCACACAAAGAACAAACCCCACAAAUGCAUAUGGUGCCCGCGUUCGUUCCCGACACCUGGCGAGCUCCGAGCGCACACUGCGGCGCACGGCGCGCACGCAACGCAUGCACACACUCGUCCUGCGGCGAUGGUGCCACGACUUUAUAGCAGACGUAAUGCCAAUAUGUAAAGGAUAAAUCAGAAAAUGAA